CCAAAAAAAUGGCGAAGCUUUGCCAAGAGCUCGCUGAGUCUUAUCCUGAUAACCACUUUGCAAAGGCCGUUUUGAGCUUGACCUACAGUUCUCUGGGCGAAGAGUCGAGGGCAAUCGAGUUGAUAGAGUCACUCUUGAAGGAUACAAUGCAGUGGAUAGGCGAUUCAAACGCGUUGAAUUAUUGCACGCAGAGCAUCAAGAAUUUAGAUCGAGGGGAUUUGUUGGAGUCUAUAUGGGCGACGGCAGCAGAGAAGCUACCGGCGACGGAACGAGAGGCGAAAGUGCACGCGUUGCGCCAGCUGUUCUUCUCGGCGAUUCAGUCUGGGAGUUACGCCAGACAGAUGUCGGCGGCACUUGAUCUGUGCAGGCUGACAAAGAAGGAGAAAUACGUAAUGUGGAGCAUCGUGUCUCGGGUGCAGCAAGCGUUGAUGCCAGACCGAAGUGGCUAUACGUCUGUGGCUACGACGUGGGGCGUCGAAGGAAAGAAGUCCGAGGACGGGGAUCAAAACCAGGCCGAAGAACGCAAGGAAAGAGCCGUUAUCCUACAUUUGGCACAAAAAAUGUUCGAAUCUAAAUUCUUGAACAGCGAAUCGGCGACCAUAUCUUCAAGCGAGGCGAGCUUUUACUUGAGGCUAUUGGUACAACAAGAGCAAUAUCAAGAAGCCUUGAACUUCUUGCGUACUGAGACAGGUAAGAAGGCCUAUGCGUUGGAACAUCAACGACUCAAUGAAGAAGCAGCACUCUUAAGCGCCUCUGGACAGCACUCGUCCUCUAAGCAACUAUACUCAAGACUGUUGACAGAACAUAGUUCGGACGAAUGGACCUAUGCCAUCGGAUACCUGAAAUCUGCCUCGGAGAUCAAAAUGAACCAAAUACCGAACGAAGUUCAAGCAAUCGAAAAAUGGGGCUGGACCAGACCAACCACAACUUGUUGGAAUCAGACCAUCAACGCCGACGAAAACAUCGAUACCUGUCCUACCACGGAAAUCCCAGCAAAUGAAGACCUGUCCAAUGCAGCUCUGUCUAUCUCAGCCAAAUCGAAUCAAACAGACCUGCUCAAGUACCUCUCUCCCCUUCACCUAAGUCUAAUAGACGCUGUGCGAUUUAUUGUCUCUUUGCAAAAAAAGACUGCUGAACUCCCAAACAAGCCUCGCGGACCUUUCCUCAUGCAUCUAGAAUGGGAAAAAGAAUGUCUUCCUCUUAUCUAUCAAACUAAAAAGGACUGCAUGAACCAUCUCAUAGACCUCAUACACGACAUGCCAGAAAUCAAAUCAUCCACACUUUCAAUUUUUGAAAAUACCGAUAUGAAAUCUAGCUCAUCUAUUCCCCAUGACCCUUCAAGCUUCUUCAAUACGUUUCCCUUUCUAUCACCCUCAUCCCCACAUCCCCAUCACCCUAUUCAUUUGUUCUCAAAGCAUUUCGACCCCCGUUUCCCUAUUCAUCCACUCACUCUUCUAACCUACUUCGUCAACUUCUCUCGUAAGCCUACCUGCUACCGAGACCUCCUCCCUUACUUACCUCUCCUCCAUCCCGGCUUCCACCUAGCCUUCCUACUACUCCUGGCGCAAUCCACCUUCCCAGUCAUCCAAAAUUCAAAACCCACGUGGCAACUCGUCCAUUUCGAAGCCAUCACCCGACUUCUCAGUUCCCACUUCUCCACUGACCUCCAACUAUGCCUCAAUCGCUCCAUAUCGCUCCAACUCGGGCUAAACUGCCCCUCAGAUCCAAAAUCCACCCAAGACUCCGCCCUCCCUUCGCUCCUAUCCCUUCGCAUCUCCCGCCUCUCUCACCUCUAUUCUGUCUCUCAACCCCUUCAUUCUAUCUCCCUCAGGUCAUCCGAGCACUUUUUCGGAGACCACCUCCUUAUUCUCGCUGUUCACCACUACCUCCAACUGUUUCUCCUCACCUCUCGUACCGAGUACCUCGUCCUAUCCAUUUUGUCCCUAGAUCACGGACUCUCCAUCAGCCGCAACAACUUCGAACUCCGCAUCCUUCUUGGCCAACUCUAUCAACGCCUCGGCUGUGUCCCAUCCUCUUUUGAGCACUUCUCCCGCCUAAGCUUUAAAAACUCCCAGCUCGAAUCUCUCGCACAUCUCUUCCUCGAUUCCCUUGCUCGUUUCGCCCACCCGAAACCCUUCAAACAUACCGAAAAAUCCCUUCAGCUCUUCUACAAAGAAAACAAAGACAGCCUCAGCUACUGGGUCCUCGAAGCCUACAAACGCAAAAGCUACCAUAAAGUCAAAGAACUCGAACAGUUCGGAUUCCGCAUCGCUCUCAGCAAACAACGUCUAUUUCUCUCACUAGAAAACAUCAUACUCCAACUCGCCCUGGAAGCCCAUUCCAUUCAAGACAUUAAAAACUUAGUCAAAACUUACCAAAAGCAAAAAAAAAGCAUUCAUCGCGACAUCAAAAAACAUCUGGCUCAUCACAACCCCUCUCAAAAAACAACCAUCCUAUCAUCUCUGUCAGACAACUAUGAUCUCAAUAUCGGAGACCCGUACCCUGUCGUGCGCCAAUGGAUAGCCUCCACCCUCCUUCCCUGCCGCCAUUGGCUCACCUCCCUAUGGCCCACUCAACCCUCUCACAUCCUCAAAUACCAACUGUCCCACUCCGUCUUGAAGUUCCUCUACCACGUUCUCACCAAACUCGUCGAUACCGAUUCUAUUCUUCAACCAACCUCCGCCAGCCACGCCAACACUCCAAGAGGGAAAAAACCUCACCCACACCCCAACAAGCCACCCAGCGAGCUCAAUUCUGACUCAGGUGCACAGCCCCCAAAAACCACGCAGACUCAGCCAAAACUGCCGAAAACUGUCAAACAAACCAAUGUUGUACCAGAUAUCGCUCAACUCAACUUGACGCCUCCCUCCUCUCCAGACCUAGAAUCGUCUAUACUCUCAUUCAAAGACGUCUCGACAGACUGCCUGCAUGAAAAUCGCCUUUCUCCGCUCGCUUUCUGCUUGAAAUUCACUUCCCUAACUCAGCUCAUCGCCUCGCUUCCUUCUUCAUCCCAUUUUCAUUACUUCUGCCGCUUGACCGACCAAAUAUCGUACCUCCUGACCUCAAACGCCACCUCGCUCACUUCAUUCGAGCGCCUUCUCUUCCAACUUGCCCACUCCAUCACCAACCUCACCCUCAUAUUCUGUUUAUUCUCGCACUUAUUUCAACGUCCGGACCUCGAUUCGCCAACCGAAGAGCUACUUCUCAGCUCCCUGAAAGACGAAUCCGCAUUCAUUCUAAGCGCUCUCCAACAAUACGACAACUUGAUAGAACGGUCCAAGCCCAUCCUGUUCAACGUAAACGUUCCGCUCGUCACAGCAUUUUUGUACGUACCUCUCGUCCUCUGGCAAGGGACUCUUCCAUUUCUCUGGAAGACAGUCGAUCGCACCCCAGGACCAGACGGAUCAAAGCCAGGCUCGACUGGUGGCCAAAGUCCUCUGAACCUCUGCUUGACUUCAGCUAGAGCCGAACUAUCCCAGGUCAAUUCUGCUGUCAUCAACACUCUCAAACAUAUUCAGACUUCGCUCGCCAGUGAAGCCAAAUGCAUGACUCACCUGGACACCAAUACCAUCCUCAGCAUGUCCACUGAACACAUACGCCUUAACAAAGAAGCCGUCCAUACCGUUCUAAACCAAAUAACCAAAGAGAGACAAGAUAACGCAUAUUUUAUCUGUUCGGUCAUCAAGUCGAAAAUCGCUUAUUUGAACUCUUUUUACCUGUCUUAAGUCCUGCAGAACAAGCCCCUUUUUCAAGCAAAGUCCUGCCUUUGAUAGCACGCAAUUCAUCGAGUCUACACAGAACUGCUCCCCUCAUCCCUCGCAUUUGUGUAUCGUCAAAAUAUAAAUGUCACAUUUU